ACAUAUGCGAUUUUUUUUUCUGCAAACCAGUGCAUCUUAAGAAUUUGUGAAACACUACUGGGAUAUAAACUAACGACGUAACUAAGGAAUCCACAUAAGACACGAAACUGUCGAACGACACAGGGCAAUAGUGGCAUUCCAUCAUUAUGAAGGGGACUUUCUUCUCGGGCCCUUUUGUCUUGAUACUAGUCCAUUUGUCAUCACAAGCAUCCAGGCCACAUAUAAUAUUUAUUGUUGCUGAUGAUUUGGGUUGGAAUGACGUCAGUUUCCAUGGUUCUUCCCAGAUCCCUACCCCCAACAUAGACAAACUGGCAUAUAAUGGCAUCAUCCUGAACAAUUACUAUGUGUCACCUAUCUGUACACCAACCAGGAGUGCUAUCAUGACCGGCAAACACCCAAUACACACAGGUUUACAGCACAGUGUCAUUGUUGGCUCUCAGCCGUAUGGACUACCCCUAAAUGAGACAAUCAUGCCACAGUACCUCAAACAACUUGGUUACACCUCACACAUCGUGGGAAAGUGGCAUUUAGGCUUCAUGAGCAAGAACUACACGCCGACGUACCGAGGAUUUGAUUCACACUUUGGGUACUGGCUGGGGGAAGAGGAUUAUUAUGAUCACACUUCUGAGGCAGAUUAUGGAGCCUGGGGCCUGGACUUUCGCAGGAACAUGGAUGUGGUCAGGAACGCCACAGGUCAAUAUUCCACAGAGUUGUUUGCUGAGGAAGCCGUCACUAUCAUCAACAGACAUGAUGAAACACAGCCAUUGUUUCUGUACCUGCCAUUCCAAGCUGUGCACAGUGGUAAUGGGGACGAGGAGCCCCUGGAAGCACCUCAGAAAUACAUUGACAGAUUUCCACAUAUCAAAAAUGUCAAGAGAAAAAUAUUUGCAGGCAUGGUAUCAGCCCUGGAUGAUGCUGUUGGUCAAAUAACUGAAACAUUAUUGGCCAAGGGAAUGCUGGGAAAUUCCAUCAUUGUCUUCACCACAGAUAAUGGUGGACCAGCCAAUGGGUUUGACUUCAAUGCUGCGUCUAACUGGCCUUUGAGAGGUGUGAAGGCCACACUAUGGGAAGGAGGAGUGCGAGGGGUGGGGUUUGUCUCCAGUCCUCUCCUACAGAAGAUGUCCUACGUGUCUGAGAACAUGUUCCAUGUCUGUGACUGGUUACCCACUCUGUUUCGGGCUGCAGGAGGCGACUCCAGUACCCUAAAACACAUGGAUGGUUACGACAUGUGGGACAUGCUCUCUAACAACGAUGAGCCAGUUAGAUCAGAGAUCCUCCAUAAUAUUGACCCCAUAUCUCAGAUUGCUGCCCUGCGAGUCAAGGAUUACAAGCUGGUGAUGGGCCAGACAUACGGUGGGGCGUGGAGUGGGUGGUACCCUCCCUGGCAAGCGGAAGAUGAUGACUUGGACACCCAGUUGACUUUCACAUCACUCAAGGGGCAUCAGGAUGAAGUCAGGUCUGAAAGCUUGACCACUCAGUUUCAAGGUGAACAGUCAGUCCCAGUAAAGUGUGGAACCAAGCCUGCCAAUGCUAGCACCAACUGUCAACCUACUGUUAAACCAUGCUUGUUCCACAUUCCGUCAGAUCCAUGUGAGUAUAACAACAUAGCAGCCGAGUUUCCUGACCUAGUUAGACAUAUGAUGCAUCGUCUGACCGAGUACAACAACACCGCAGUACAUCCCCUCAACUACCAUCUACGCCAGGACCCAGCGGGUAACCCAAAACUUCAUGGUGGAGUCUGGUCGCCAUGGAGAUGAGACUCCCAGUAGAUAAAUAAGAUUUGGGAAGAGCAUUAUGUCAUAGAAAGGAGUGGAAGAUGCUGUGUAAAAAACAUUUUAAGGCCGAAUAUGCAGUUCUCGCUAUUCUUCCUGUUUGACAGAGACUGUCAGCAUACUCCUUACAGCGAAUGCGUUGCUCUGUCGGUUUGGUUUACAUCACUGCCACCAGUAGACAAGCUUGUUUAGCCUUACCCUCACCACUUCUUAGCCCGGAGCUAUUUAAUUAGCAGUCAUCACUAUAAUUGUUUCAUAUUUUGGUUAUAAACACUCUUUAAAUAAAGUGAAUGUAUGUGUAUGAAGUAUCAUUAGAAACAUGGGUUGAGAUGAGUUGUUUGUGUUUUCUGACAUCACUUCCUGCCUCAUCACUGUGAGUGACCAGUGACCUUGGCUUUGUUCAAAGAUUUCUGGACAAAAGAUGCUAUCGAUGGCAGUGAUGUAAAGCGAAUGUAGAGAGCGCCUCGUGAGCUGUUAGGAGUAUGGUGUGUCAGUAGGAUUAGUCCCGUUUGACUCUACAAUUGUCAGUCGUCUGUCUUGUUCAAGUAUUAAGGUGAGGCUUCUAUUUCCUUCUAUGCUUUUCCCAGCUGUGAUACUGCUGGCCAGGAAAUGCAUUUCAAUGUUAGACAUAUAUUUUGGGGGGAAACAGUUUAUUUUGUAGAGAAAUUGAUAAUCGAUUUUGAUGGAUCUUUUUCUGUUUGCUUUUUUCUUAAUAUCGAAUAUAGCUUUACAGUGUUUGAGAGUAAAUCUACAUUGUAAUGCUAUCUUGCCAUGAUGGACACCAUGUACAGUGUAUCAGUACUCCCUUAACCAAACAUCCUCUCUUGUACUUAAUCUGUUGAUUAAUUAUGCAUAAGUAUGCAUAUGGGGGUUACUGUAAAUCUUCAACCUUUUAAAUUUCCAAAGGACUUUUUUCAGGGGAAUUUAUCCAUACAAUUAUUAUAAAAAUGUCGCCUAAAAUGAUUUGUUUGUGUCACUAUAGAUGCAAGCUUCAUAAAACUGCACAACCACACUCUGGAGUUCUCUCAGAGUGUUUCAAAAUGUUGGUUGCAGUAGUGGUUGAAAAGGUUGAAGAAUUGUGGUAUGUGGAAAACAAUGAUGGUAGGACCAUCUACAAUGACAAAAGUGGUACAUGCAUAUAAAUGACACUUAUUUAGUGCUCUUUGUUGUCGAUCCUUGGGAUCCUGUAUAUAAAUUGAUUACAUAUUUUAAUUCCAAUAAUAUGUUUUACAUUGGUUCAGUUCUCCCUUAAGUGCUAUAUGGGGCUGUAUGGAAACAAUCAGACUGGUACUCAAAUGGGAUAAUAUUUUGACAUAAAGACCUGUGGUAUACAAGAUUUGUAUUAGUUGUGCUCCCUGUGUACUGUUGAAAUUGUAAUGUAUAACAAAAACUUUAAUUUUUUUAUCUAUUGGGAGGUACAUGUACUUUAAUUUUCAUGAAUACCUUGAUGUUAGUAGAUCAAUAAUAGAAUCUGGACUACUGUUGUUGACUUUUCCAAAGACAGUUAAUUGUUUGUGAAUAUUUGUUCAUAUCCAAGAAAGUAUCAAUAUUAACACGGUUUGUUGCUGGCACGCUUUCCUGCAUCCGACAAGUACUUGUACGUGUAUUGUUGACAUUACAUGUAGACUGGCAUAGCAUUUUAAGUGUUGAAAGUACUCGCCUGGUUCUCUGGAUGUCUACAUGUGCCAUAAUAUGGUGGUACAAAGAUGAUAUUUUUAUGCAGUAUAUUUCCACUUAUAAAUACCAAAAUCUGCUCACCAUAAUGAGAUUAAUAUUUUGGGUGGAUGGUGUAUCGAUUUUGUUAUGAUUGAAUUGGGUUUACACUGGUAUAUAUUUAUUUUAUAGAGACACAUUUUUGUCAGAAAGCUUUAAAAUGAAAAUAUGCAAGCAUUUUGAUCUAUAAACAUGCUCCUUCACAUUUCAAUAAAAUGUGUACUAAAAAUUUGUGAU